AACGUCACCAGUCAGUGGUUUUUCGGGUUGAUCCGACUUCUUUUGGCUGCCGUGAGUUCACUGUAUUGAAAAGGGGACCGUGAAUCCUGGAGGACGAGGGGGGGUUGAUUUGCCAAAAAAAAAAAAAAAAAAAUCUCCCGCUUGGGUACACAUCCGGAGUCUCGACGAUCAUAAUUCAUCGCACCUUUUUACCUGUUAUGGGGUCUAGACGUUAUUGUUUCUAUUAAUUUAUUCUUUUCCUUUUAGUUUAUGGUUUACGUUAACACUCCGGGAGGGCAGAAAUGGCGGCCAACAUGUACCGGGUCGGAGAUUAUGUAUUCUUUGAGAACUCCUCCAGUAACCCUUACUUGAUCCGGCGGAUAGAAGAACUUAACAAGACGGCCAGUGGGAAUGUGGAGGCGAAGGUGGUUUGCUUCUACAGAAGGAGAGACAUCUCCCACAGCCUCAUCCAGCUCGCAGACAAACACGCAAAGGAGUUGGAAGAAGAGAAGGAGAGCCCGAUAGAGACAGACCUAACAGACAAACAGAAACACCAGCUCCGCCACAGAGAGCUCUUCCUCUCCCGGCAGUAUGAGAGUCUGCCUGCGACACACAUCAGGGGGAAGUGCAGUGUCGCACUAUUAAAUGAGACUGAAGCUGUUCUUUCAUACCUUGACAAAGAGGAUACGUUCUUCUACUCGCUGGUGUACGACCCCACACAGAAGACCCUGCUGGCCGACAAAGGAGAAAUCAGAGUGGGGCCGCGCUUUCAGGCAGACGUACCUGAAAUGCUACUAGAGGGGGAGGCAGACGACAGGGACCAGUCCAAGCUGGAAGAGAAGCUGUGGUAUCCAGAGUGUCCGCUCUCCAGCAAACAGAUUGACCAAUUCCUAGUGGUGGCACGGGCGGUCGGGACCUUCGCUCGAGCGUUGGACUGCAGCAGCUCAGUGCGACAGCCGAGCUUACACAUGAGUGCAGCCGCAGCCUCACGAGAUAUCACACUGUUCCAUGCCAUGGACACGCUGCAUCGUCAUAAUUACGACCUCUCCAGUGCGCUGAGUGUGCUGGUCCCAGCAGGCGGCCCGGUGCUCUGCAGGGACGAGAUGGAGGAGUGGAGCGCCUCGGAAGCCGCCAUGUUUGAGGAGGCACUAGAGAAAUACGGAAAAGACUUCAACGACAUCCGACAAGACUUUCUGCCUUGGAAGUCUCUGACCAGUAUCAUAGAGUACUACUACAUGUGGAAGACCACAGACAGAUAUGUGCAACAGAAAAGGCUUAAGGCAGCAGAGGCAGAGAGCAAACUGAAGCAGGUUUAUAUCCCCACAUAUAACAAGCCCAACCCCAACCAGAUCUCUAUGACCAAUGGCAAGAUGGCUACAGUGAAUGGCGCGGGCCCCGGGGCCUACCAUGCCUCAGGCGGGGGCCGAGCCUGCGAGAGCUGUUAUUCCAUGCAGUCGGCCCAGUGGUACUCAUGGGGUCCUCCGAACAUGCAGUGCCGCCUCUGCAUUUCAUGCUGGAUGUACUGGAAGAAGUACGGAGGCCUGAAGAUGCCAAGUAGAGCAGAGGCCCCAGAGGAGAGGACCUCGCCCACUCCAGCAACCAAUGAGCAUCGCUCACGGGGUCACGCUCCCCGCCAGUCCAACCACAUGGUGCCAAUGCGAAACAGCGGCAGCCCGAAGUCCUCCAUGAAGACCAAGCAGGCUUUCCUGCUGCAGGCCACGCGCCUCACCACUGCCCGGCACAUGUGCCGUGACAUCAUCAGGCUGCGGCGCGCCGCGCGCCGGCCCUUUGUGCCCAUUAACUGUGGGUCCAUAAAGGCAGAGUACAUGUUAAAGGUGUCGGAAGGGCAGGGGACUCGCCUCCCCAAAACCAGGGCCGCCCAAAGGAGCACUCUGACCAGUGUGGUACAGUUUCUAGAGUCCCGUCCAGCAGCCCACGCCCCUCGCUCCCACCGCACGCAGGGCCUGCAGACGCCUCCUCCCCGACGCCUCCUCUCUUCCCUCCCACACGGCCCCCACGGCAUGCUGGGAAAACGCAGCUACCAUCACCACAGCCGGGCUGAGCCGGACAGACGCUCAGAUAACGCUGGUACAACUGGUGGACCCCUCAUGCAUAACGGCCGCAGCAGCAGCAGUGGAAACUCCCGAGGUGGCGUCAUGAUCCGCAAGAGACGCCCCAACUGGAUCGACGCCCCCGAUGACAGCUUCUUCCUCGUCACCCGGGAGACCAGGAGGGCCAGGCGGCUGCUGUCCCGCUCCCAGCUGAGGCGCGCUUGUCGGCAGCCGUGCGAGCAGAUCGCCCUGCGCAGGGUCACCCAGGCCCCACCGCAGGGGCUCGUCCUGGCCCCCCCGCACCCUCACCCCAGCUUGAGGAUGCGAGGCCCCAUCGUCAUCCACGACUGACCGCUUACCAGAGCACUCCCACCUCCUGUUCUCUCAUUAGAUUCCUUUUUUUUUGUGGCAGAAACAUGAAGACUCAAACAAACCGUCCCUCAGCUGCUUGGCAACAGAAGGGCGUCCCGAGCUGUGAUGCAAUAGAGAAAAAAAAACACACACACUUGCCGCUGACUGCAAGUGCUGCCUUUCCGUAAUCCUGGGAUUGUGUACAUACUGUAUCUGGGUGCAUGCAGAGAGUGUGUGUUGGCGUGUGUGUGAGUGGGUGAUAAACGCCAGCAGCACAUGACAGAAGGAGUGGACGUUGACGUGUGCUGCUCUUAGUUGUUAUGGCUGGACAUAAACGGAGGAUUUUCGACUUUUUCUGUCUUGGUGUUCUAUUACUGUGGAGUUGAUUUGGGUGUGUGUGUGUGUGUGUGGGCGGGGGGUGGGGGGGGGGUAGUGGGUGGGAUUGGAUUUGUGGGGACUGAGGUUCUUUUAACAUCUGCCGUUAAAAAGAAAAUGCACUAUGAACUGAACUGAACAGCUGCUUUGAGUGGUGUUUUUACCUGCAGGUUUUCACGCUCUUUUUGAGUUUAAAAUGAAUGAGCUGGAGCUCGGGAGUUGAAGAAUGAUGACCUGGAGAAAUUGCUUCAUGAAAUGACUCAUUUCGUUGUAUGAGAAUCCUGCAGCUCUGAAAAUAUAACAAGGCAAUGAAAUAUUGAACCAGCUUACAUCCGACAGCAUAUGCUUCUCUCAUGAACCAGUGUAAAAUAUACUGUACAUCUCAUUGAAGCACUUGUAAAUCUACCCAUCCUAUUUCUAUGGCCGACUACCACUUAGCCCUAACGUGGGAACUAAAGCUCCUCCUUUGUAACAGAAAAGGGCAUGGAUCUGUCAUAUUCCCCUCAAGGCUGCGAUGUACACCCAACAUUUUGAAGCAUCAACAAAAAAAAGACUUUUGCAUAUUUACAUAUUUCAUCAUUGUUCCUUAAAACCAACGAUAAAGUUUCUCUCCAUGCUGCAUGUUGCCAGAGGGCGUUGCCUCAAAAAGUUGCCGGUGAACCCAUCCGGCCUUCGGGUGUGUUUGAUUAGGAGUUUUUAAAACUGGCAUCGCCGCCGCAUGUCUUUGAGGAGAGAGACUCCGCCGAUGAUUUCUUCUCUUUCAUUCAGAAUGUUUAUGUUGGUGUUUCCUGUACGUCAUGUGUUGAAUACUAAUAAAAAAGAAAUUGCAGGAUGACGAUG